UUCAACAUGGUGGACAAAUGGUGAGUUCCACUUCAAAAGUUAAUUUUGCGAUUUAUGUAAGAUAUUUGAAGUCUUCUUCAUCAAUUUCAUCGAUGGCAAAAUCAGGUAGAACGGGUAGGAGACGUAAGCGUAAGAGAAACGGCAUCUGUUGCAGCGAACAUGGUAGAACAGUCAAUGAAGCCGAGUGUAUCACGCUUCUGAAAUGGGCAAAAAGAAACGGAAUUUCUCUUGGUAAACUUCGGCCAGCCUAUUUUCCAGCAACAGGAAGAGGCUUGAUGACUUGCAGGAAGCUUAGCAGUGGUGAUUUAGUGAUUUCUGUACCAGAAGAAAUGUUGAUCACUGCAAAAACAGUAAGACAGAGUGACAUUGGAAAGCAGUUGGCAAAACUAUCACUCAAACCUUUGCUGAUGCUAUGCGUUUUUAUUUUAUAUGAAAAGCAUCGAGGAAAAAGCUCAUUUUGGCAUCCUUAUAUCAGUGCACUGCCUAGGUCUUUUAAUACUCCAGCUUUUUUCAAUGAGGAAGAACUUAACGCUUUGCCUUCAAGUUUACACGAACAGUGCAUAACCCAGAUCAAUACUGUACAUGAAUCUUAUGAAGAGCUUAAAAGAUUGCUUGAAAGCUCCACCGGUAUACUGGAGAAAACAUUUCUAGACAACCUGACAUUUGAUGAGUUCAGAUGGGCUUGGUUUGUUGUGAACACAAGGUCCGUGUAUAAAGCUGGCCAGGUACAUGUACAUGUAGUGACAUCAACAGUUGCCAUGGGAACAUUAGAGACAGAGAAUGCUUAUGCACUUGCCCCAGUGCUUGAUUUGCUGAAUCAUACUGACACAGCAGAGGUCAGAGCUGGAUUCAACCAAAGAAACAAUAGGUAUGAAAUACACACUUUAACAGAAUACAAGAAAGGCAAACAAGUUUUCAUCAGCUAUGGCCCUCAUGACAACAGAAAACUGCUGAUAGAAUAUGGUUUCAUUUUACCGAAGAACUUGCACAAUGCUGUUACCUUCUCUCAGGAUCUAGUUUACUCAGUUGUCAUGCCAGAGAUAAGUGGUGUUUCCAGAAAGAAGAGGGAAAUAAUUGCAGCUAAUCAACUGGAAAAAGACUUGUGUUGUUCCGAGGAGAAUGGCCUGUCAUGGAGUGUGUUCACCUUGCUUAGAAUUCUUGCAAUGAAUGAAGAAGAAUUUAGGAAACACUGGCAGAGAACACUCACUGGAGAACAUCUACAUGAAGGAAUCGAACGAACAGUUUUACGAUGGAGGCAGCAAUUGAUUCGAAGAGUUUUAGAAUUGUACAAGGAAGCUGACAACUUGAGUGAUAAUGCCUGUUUGCCAUUUCAUGGUCAACUGUCCUUGAAUAUGGAGUUAGCUUUACAAUUAAGAAUCCAAGAAAAACAGAUUUUGAAGAACGCAUUAAAGUUGCUAAAGAUUUCUUGAUACUUAGAGCAUUUGAAUCUUA